AUGGCUCACGGAUGGUCCACCAACGGACCAAAAGGAGACCAGAAACAUUACGAAAGGCAGAGUGUGCCUGGUCCAAAGCAGAACAGCGUUCGGGAGCCGGAGUACAACUCGGACGGGGAGAGGGUAGAUCCGAGCUACACCCUUAAGGGGGGGAAGAACCAGAGACGUCUCCGCGACAUCGACGACGGGAUGUACGGGCACGCAGAGUCGGACGGCACCCGAGGCGCGGCGAGGAAACUGUACGAGUGCGUGAUGUCGCACCUCGGGUUCUCGCAAGAGGACUUCCUGUCAGGAAAGCGGGAGGAGUUGAGUGCGAAGAGGAAAGCAGAGCGGACGCCGGCGGAGGUGGAGGCGGCGCAGGCAACGAAGAAGGCCAAGCGAUGGAGGCAUCGACAACGCAAAAAGGAAGAAAAAGCAACGGAGCAGGUUGGAGAACAUGCCCGGAAGUCCACUGUGGAGGCAAGCCGCACGCAAAGCGGCCUGAUCGAGGAUGUUCCUUUGUCCGCCUUGCCUCCCCACGCGUUGGCCAGCCCAGCGCUGGCGCCAGCGCCGGCAUCGGCGCCAGCAAAUGCUCCAGCGCCAGCGGAUGCUCCAGCGACCCCGGCUCGUGUUCCAAUCGCCCCCACUGGUGCUGAUCUUGUUCUGUACGACGGUGGGUCAAGAGAGAGCCUCGACCUGUCAAACGAGCGGUGGAAGAUUCUUGAAGCGGAGGACGAGGCGUCUCCUUGCUCCUCAAGGGACGGACCCUGCAACGAAGCACCAAGAUCUGGAGGCCCGUUCCAGAGGGCCCAAUUCCAGCUCGUGGACCUGAUGGCCGGGUUGAGGCCUGGUGUGCGGCUUGAACGAGACCCCGUGCGCGAGACCACGCGCAGCACUAUUCGAGACACGGGGCUGCUGGAUUACGUUCUCAAGGCAAGCCGUCUGCAAUCUUUUUGUGUCCUUCGACGCAGGCGUGUUCGCUCAUAA